CGGCUGCUGGGGCUCUAGUGGUUACAUAGAUAAAUUGUAUGGACGUCGUCUGCAGGCGGGGAGGGACCUGGCCGGCAUGCACUGCGGGUGCGAAACUAGUGUGUGCAGAUUACAUCCAGUAUGAAGGACACACUGACCUUGCUGACACGACUUAGCGCCCACCCUGACUCCCAUUGCUGGUUCCUAGCUUGGAAUCCCUCUGGAACACUCUUGGCUUCCUGUGGAGGGGAUAAGACCAUCCGAAUUUGGGGCAAGGAGGAUGAUACCUGGGUAUGCAAGUCAGUGCUUGGCGAAGGGCACCAGCGAACCGUCCGAAAAGUUGCAUGGUCACCUUGUGGUAACUACUUAGCCUCUGUCAGCUUUGAUGCCACCACUUGUAUCUGGAUGAAAAAGAAGGAGGAAUUUGAGUGUGUCACCACCCUUGAGGGACAUGAGAAUGAGGUGAAAUCUGUGGCCUGGGCACCGUCUGGAAAUCUCCUGGCCACGUGCAGUCGUGACAAGAGUGUCUGGGUAUGGGAAGUGGAUGAAGAAGAAGAGUAUGAAUGUGUCAGUGUACUGAACUCGCACACACAGGAUGUGAAGCAUGUCGCCUGGCACCCUAACCAGGAGCUGUUGGCCUCAGCCAGCUAUGAUGACACAGUGAAGUUGUACCGCGAGGAGGAGGAUGACUGGGUGUGCUGCGCUACCUUGGAAGGACACACAUCUACGGUAUGGAGUCUGUCUUUUAAUCAGAGUGGGGACCAGUUAGCUACCUGCAGUGAUGAUAGGACGGUGCGCAUCUGGAAAGAGAUUAGCUCUGGAAAAGAGCAAGGGGUAAGUAAAAAAGACCCCAACUGGACAUGUGUAUGCACCCUGACAGGAUACCACACUAGGACCAUCUAUGAUGUUAACUGGAGCCAUCUGACAGGCUCCAUUGCUACGGCCUGUGGAGACGAUGCCAUCAGGAUAUUUGAAGAAGACCCAUGCUCGGACCCUAUGCAGUCGACAUUCUCGUUAACGGCCCACAUGCCACGGGCUCACUCCCAGGACGUCAACUGUGUGGCAUGGCACCCCAAGGAGCCUGGUCUGUUGGCGUCUUGUAGUGAUGAUGGAGAGAUGGCUUUCUGGCAAUACCAGCGCCCAGAAUAAUUCAUUAGAUAACCUAUUUUCAUUAUAAUUCACACUGUGACUUAUUGGGGUAUUCUAAGACAAAAUUAUAGAGUCCAGCUCACUUCUGCACACCAUAAAGUGCGUUAAGGAGUAGUGCUGACAAAAAUAACAUAAAAUGUAGCAGACAUUAGCAAUGUGUCUGUAGCACUGUAUUUAUGUUCUGAAAAUAUAUAAUUGAUAAAUGUGCUCUGAGAAUUUGCAAAAUUAUAUGCUCUGUUCUGAUGGGAAUAAAUGGGAAUUGUUUGACUAA